ACCGUUAGUAAUUAGACUGUCGUACAUUAGCAUUUGGGUUACUUUUUCAAACCAAACUCCAGUCUUCCCCUAACUUUUCUCAAAAUGGCCGUUCCGUACGCUGGCACCUUCACAAAUGACUCCAACUACCAAAUCCUCAUGGAGUACUACCAGGAGGAGGGUGUCAAAUUAAAUAUUUGGAAACUGUUUCUUGAAGAUAAGGAGCGUUUUAAAAAAUAUAGUAUCAACUUAGACAUCCCAAAUGGAAACUUCCUGUUUGAUUACUCCAAAAAUAUCAUCAAUGAUGUUGUACUCAACUACCUCUUCAGUCUCGCUCGUUCAAGGAACGUGGAAAUGUACAGAGAUGCCAUGUUUGCAGGCGAGAAAAUAAACUUUACGGAGAAGAGGGCCGUCCUCCAUACUGCCCUGAGAAAUCAAGUUCCCGACGCCAGCGUCAUGGUCGACGGUGUCAACGUUAUUCCGGAGGUGAGACGUGUGUUAAAUCAGAUGAAGGUUUUCUCAGAAGAGGUCAGGUCUGGUGAGUGGAAAGGUCACACGGGGGAGUGCAUCAGUGAUGUCGUCAACAUUGGCAUUGGGGGAUCUGAUUUGGGCCCGUUGAUGGUUACAGAGGCCUUGAAGCCGUACGCCGGCUCAGUGAAGGUCCACUUUGUCUCGAACGUGGACGGCACCCACAUUGCCGAAACAUUGAAGACGCUCAACCCGCUCACCACCCUCUUCAUCAUUGCCUCCAAGACAUUCACGACGCAAGAAACUAUCACCAACGCUAACGCUGCCAAACAGUGGCUUCUGAAGGCCACUCAAGAGGAUUCAUCGGUGGCCCGCCAUUUCGUGGCACUCUCAACCAAUACAGCCAAAGUGAAGGAGUUUGGCAUUGAGGAGAAGAAUAUGUUUGAAUUUUGGGAUUGGGUAGGCGGGAGGUAUUCGCUCUGGUCAGCUAUCGGUCUGUCCAUCUCGAUCUACAUUGGUUUUGACCAUUUCACGGAGUUGCUGGAGGGCGCUCAUUUUAUGGAUAACCACUUCUUGAAUCAGCCAGUUGAAUCCAACGUGCCGAUUAUAUUAGCGCUGCUCGGCGUCUGGUACACUAAUUUUUUUGGGUCUGAGACACAUGCCAUUCUACCGUAUGACCAGUAUCUGCAUAGAUUUCCAGCCUACUUCCAGCAAGGUGACAUGGAAUCGAAUGGGAAGUACGUGACGGUGGAUGGCAGCAGGGUGAAAUACACGACGGGGCCUAUAAUAUGGGGCGAGCCUGGCACCAAUGGGCAGCAUGCUUUCUAUCAGCUUAUUCAUCAAGGAACCCGCUUAGUGCCAUGUGACUUCCUGAUUGCGGUCCAAUCACACAAUCCAAUUCAGGAUAAUAUGCAUCAAGAAAUUUUGUUGGCCAACUUCCUGGCGCAGACAGAGGCCCUGAUGAAGGGCAAGACAGCUGAGGAGGCACGAAAGGAGCUGUCCCAGGAGGGUGUGCCCAACGAAACCAUCAAGCACCUUCUACCGCACAAGGUGUUUGAAGGCAACAGGCCUAGCAACUCGAUCAUCUACACUAAACUGACACCUUUUGUUCUUGGCCUUCUUAUUGCAAUGUAUGAGCACAAGAUUUUUGUACAGGGUAUCAUCUGGGGAAUAAACUCGUUUGACCAGUGGGGUGUUGAGUUAGGAAAGCAGCUAGCUAAGGUGAUACUGAAUGAUUUGAAGAGUUCCGAAGAGACGGUAACGAGCCAUGAUUCCUCUACCAAUGGACUCAUCAACUUUAUCAAAUCACAAAAAUAAUAAAUUAUCAAUUUAUCAAUAAAAAUGACAAUAACUUAUAAUGGUAUGGUAUUUAAAAUUUGGUGAUGUAUUAUCGUUUGUUAUGUGCUUUUUACAAUGGAUACCAACCUGUCGAUUUGAAAUUGUUGGUUAUAUAGAUUUGUUACUUUGGUGUGUUGAUUUGAAUUCUAAAUGAAAUUGUUAAUAUAAAAUGAAAUAUUGUUAAUAUAGAAUGAAAUGUUGUUAUUUAGAAACAAUUUGAUUUCAAAUAACGUAUAUAUCUUUUUAUUAUUUUGUUAUUUAUUAUUUAUUUGAUAUAUUUUUAUUUGUUGUUCUCGGGUUUAGUCAUUUGAAUGGUUUAUGAAAUAUAAAAAUGAAUUAGUUGAUAAA